AUGUUUAUGCUCAGACUGGUCGCUAGUUUCUUAUUCUUCCUAUUUUCUUACUGUAAAGAUACUGUAAUUGAGGCGGAUAAUGCUAUAAUAUUGGUCCCUCAUGGAGAAGAUCCACAGAGUUCAAAAAACAGGCUUAUUAUCCCUCAAGGUAACCUAGAUUGUGCUGCCAAUGUACGGGAUUUUUAGUAAAAGAAGGACCGCAACCACCGCUACCUUGCAUUGUUGCUGACAGCGGUACACAUGAACAUGGUCAAACGUUCACUAAAGGGAACUUUCAUUAUUCUUGUAAAAAUGGAACCGCUGAAGUCAUCGGUAAGACUGUUUUACACGAUUACUUUAUUAGAAUAAGUGUGAGCAACGUUCUUGCAGCUUGUGUUAGCGACGACAUGUCUGUCAUUCAAAUUGGCCGAACGUUCUUGAAGAAUGGUAUAAGACAUAAGUGUAAUGUGAAUGGGGAGACUGUAACAUACGAACAAAGUAAGAUCAAACUCUAACUGUACAAUGUAAUAAUUUAGAAUCCACCUGUUUUGAAAACGGUAUCCAUUACGACGUUGGGGAAAGCUAUAGAAACGGAUCUUUUAAAUUGAUUUGUAAAGAUGGUGGUGUCGCAAUAAGUGGUAUGUAUAACUUAGGAUAAUGGGUCGAAAAUCAUUCCAGGAUGUUACGUGCAAAACCGGACCGAUGACGUGAUUUUUCUUGGUGAAUCUAGAAUUAUAGGGAAACAUAAACAUAACUGUGAGCUUAUGGACGGAGGGAAGAUAAGGUAUACCAUAAACUGUAAGUGAAAUAUCAUUUCUUCUGAUUUAACGUAAUCAAGUGCUCGGCUGUCGGAAAGGAGAUGAGGUCUAUAGUGAAGGUCAAAUCUGGACCGAGAAACAUGUGAGAUAUCAAUGUGGAGAUCAAGGGCAAACAAAAGUAAUCGGUAGGAAUUCAACAGAACUUUAAAUGAUGGCAAUACUUUAUGUAACCUACUAUUUUUAGGUUGUUCUGAUGAUGAGAAUGAACUGUUUGUGGAGUUAGGACGCGAUGUUUUGAUGAACGGGGUUGUCCAUCGAUGCUACAAAAUAAACAACACUACAUUUUAUCACCGGUAGGGAAAGUAAGACGGAUUCAGUUGUCGAUUCAGAUUCGAAUGCCCUGAUAUGUCUUUACAAGAAUGUGUGGAGAAUGCGCCGACUCCGAAACGAGUGAGAUCGGUCGUGGAGAGGAUUACUGUAUAA